GAGAGGAGAGAGGGGACGAGGGGAGAGAGAGGAGGGCGUGGCCCUCUAUUAAUUCAGGGGGUGAAUCCGCCCGUUUUGUUGCCGAUAUUUCCGACGCCCCCAGUUCCCCCUCCCCCCCGGCGGUUUCCGAAUUCGUCUCCAUGCUCUCGCCCCCUGUAGAAAGCUCGCUGAUAUGAAGUCUUAGAGGGUGGGAGUAGAAGAGUUUUUCUAUAGGGGUGUGUGUGUGUGUGUGUGAGAGAGAGAGAGAGAGAGAGCGUAGCUGGAAGAGAGGAAAAUGGAUUCCGGGGACGACCCAGAUGCCUCAGAUGGGCAGAGGAAGAAGAAGCGUUACCACCGUCACACCCCUCGCCAGAUUCAGCAGCUCGAAGCGAUGUUCAAGGAGUGCCCACAUCCAGACGAGAAGCAGAGAAUGCAGUUGAGCAGAGAUUUGGCGCUGGAGCCUCGGCAGAUCAAGUUCUGGUUCCAGAACAGGAGGACCCAGAUGAAGGCCCAGCACGAGAGGGCCGACAACUGCGCCCUCCGCGCGGAGAACGACAAGAUCCGCUGCGAGAACAUCGCCAUGAGGGAGGCGCUCAAAAACGUCAUCUGCCCCACCUGCGGCGGGCCGCCGGUCACCGAGGACUCCUACUUCGACGAGCAAAAGCUCCGGCUGGAGAACGCCCGGCUGAAAGAAGAGCUCGACCGGGUUUCGAGCAUGGCAUCCAAGUAUCUGGGCAGGCCAGUUACACAACUUCCCCCAGUGCAGCCAGUGCCCAUUUCUUCAUUAGAUUUAUCGGUCGGGGGUUUCGGUAACCUGGCGCUUGGCCCUUCACUUGACCUUGAUCUCCUUACUGGGAGUUCUUCUGCGUUGCCUUUUCCAUUUUCGACCGCAGUGUCCGAUAUCGAGAAGCCUAUUAUGGCAGACAUGGCUACCAAUGCAAUGGAAGAGCUGAUCAGGCUAGUGCAGACCGAUGAACCCCUGUGGACGAAGCCUGGAGGUGAUGGGAGGGAGAUUCUCAAUCUCGAAACGUAUGAUAGGAUCUUCCCAAAGCUUAGGCACCAGUUCAAGAGUCCGGAUAUCCGCACCGAGGCCUCGAGGGACUCCGGACUGGUGUUCAUGAAUGCUGUAGCAUUGGUUGAUUUGUUUAUGGAUUCAAGCAAGUGGGCAGAGUUUUUUCCUACCAUUGUUUCCAAGGCUAGAACCUUAGAAGUCCUUGCUGGUGGAAUGGCAGGAAGUAGGAGCGGAUCUCUGCUUCUGAUGUAUGAAGAGAUACAGGUUCUUUCGCCGGUCGUGCCCACACGUGAGUUCUAUUUCCUGCGAUAUUGUCAGCAAAUGGAGCAGGGCUUAUGGGCCAUAGCUGAUGUCUCGGUAGACUUAUCCAGGGAGAAUCAAUUCGUGCCUCCUUUCGGAUCGCGGAGGCUUCCUUCUGGCUGCUUAAUUCAGGAUAUGCCCAGUGGCUACUCCAAGGUGACUUGGGUGGAGCACAUGGAAAUCGAAGAAAAGACUCCUGUUCACCGGCUCUACAGGGAUCUCGUGAGCAGUGGGGCGGCAUUCGGAGCGCAGCGAUGGCUCGCCACUCUACAGAGAAUGUGUGAAAGAUUUGCAUGUCUAAUGGCCGCGGGGACUUCCUCGAGGGACCUUGGAGGAGUGAUUCCCUCGCCCGAAGGCAAGCGGAGCAUGAUGAAGCUAUCCCAGAGGAUGAUUAACAAUUUCUGCUAUAGUUUAAGUGCGUCCACCGGAAACCGAUGGACGACGCUCUCAGGACUGAAUGAUGUAGGAGUUCGAGUCACAGUUCACAAGAGCACAAAUCCUGGCCAGCCCAAUGGCGUCGUCCUCAGCGCAGCAACCUCUAUAUGGCUACCGAUAUCGUCCGAGAGGGUCUUCAGUUUCUUCAAAGAUGAACGCACUCGAGCUCAGUGGGAUGUUCUGUCGAGUGGCAAUUCAGUUCAAGAGGUUGCCUGCGUGAUAAAUGGUUCGCAUCCAGGGAACUGUAUCUCUCUCCUUCGUGCUCUCAAUGCCAGCCAGAACAACAUGCUGAUACUCCAGGAGAGCUGCACUGAUGCCUCGGGCUCGCUUGUAAUCUAUGCCCCCAUCGACCUCCCGUCUAUCAACAUUGUGAUGAGCGGCGAGGACCCAUCUUACAUUCCUCUCUUGCCAUCAGGGUUCACCAUAUUGCCCGACGGCCGUGCCGGUGGAGGUGGAGGGGCUACGACGAGCUCAAACCCAAUGGGAGGCUCCUCAGGCUCGCUGAUCACAGUGGCAUUUCAGAUCCUUGUAAGCAGCCUUCCUUCUGCGAAGCUCAACGUAGAGUCGGUGACAACAGUCAAUAAUCUCAUUAGCACGACUGUGCAGCAAAUAAAGGCUGCCUUGAAUUGCACCAGUGGCUGAUGGUCUGAAGAGGCUUCAGAAGCUCUCCCCCACAACCCCCCCACCACCACCCUUAACUGCAACAUACCAGAUGGGCUCAGAGGGCUUUUGAUGUGGGCAUUCAAGAGGAGGUUUAAUUGGGGCUCUCUUUUGGUUGGUUGGGGCCUUGAAUGCUCUCAUCAAGAGCUGGAACUGGAGCUGGAACUGCAGCUGAUGCUGAUGCCAGUCUCAUAACAACUUCAAAGAUUUUUACAAGGAGUCAAGUCAUAUUUACAUUUAGGAAGCCUUUAAAGAGGGAGUCAAGAACGCACCAUACUUGUCUCUUUCCUUGCUGUCAUAACUCCUUAGCUUUGAGGCUUUUUUCUUUUGAAUUUUGUUUGUUCUUUUCCCUUAUCCCUUUUCUCAUUCUCACUCUUAACGCCAUGCAGCAAGGGUAAAGUGGUUCGGGUAUUGACUUCUGUCCAUUAAUAUUCACUCAUGAACAUUUUGGAGAUAAGAGCUCCCAAAGUGCAAGCAAGUGUUUAAUUUUA